CGCAUCCAGCCCCGCAUCCAGCCCCGCCGCCGCCCGGGAGCCGCCGCAGAGUUAGGAGAAAAAUGAUGAAAAUGUUACCCUUUUUUCAAAAUGGUCCCAUUGGAAUACGCCGUGGAUCAGAGGGUUGCAUUGGUCCAAAUGGGCAGUUUGAAAACCCUUCUGCAUCAGUUGCUGAGCAAGUCCCUGCCUGUUCUGAACCUUCUGUAGAUGAGAUCUGGUCCAGGAACCAGGAGAAGAUCAGUGAAAGGCCAGAGGCAGCCUCCAGAGCUUCACGUGCCUCUUCCAUCACGAGCAAUGAGAGUUGUAUCUCUGCUGGAGACAGCCCUGAAAAGGGAAGAGGAAUAACAGGAAUCCUAAGAAGUGCAUUUAAGAAAAUUAAAAAGACCAAGCCACCCAGUGUCAAACAAGUCAUGGUUCUCCUUGGAGAGCAAAAGCUUUGUGAUGCCACUCAGCAUCUGAUUGUCCUGGAGAAGAGCCUAUCUAGCAAAAGUGAGGAGGGGCUGAACACCAGUCAGGAAGAUAUUGAGUCUGUCUACGAAAUUCUGAAGCACAAAGUCUUCAGUGUCUUGAAAGACUCCAUGCUGCUAGCGAAAACAAACCCAGACCUGCUGCAGCAGGCAGUGGAGGCUCUGAAAGAGCAGGAGAGAGAAGAUCAGAACUACAUGUCAGAGAAUCCACCUGACCAAAAUACGCAAUUUAGACCUAGAAAAUGGAAAGAGCUUUGGAUGGCUACAGUAAAGGAGUCUGUAGAGGCUCGAAUGAAAGACACAAGCCGUACUCCUAUAAAUGAGAACCUCUCUGCAGUUGGCCAAAACCUCCUGCACAUGGGAAAGACAAUGAAAGAAGAUCUGACAGUGGUUGUAAAGUACAUUAAGCAGCUUUAUCCUCCCGAGUUUAAUGUGUUCAGCAUAUAUGCAGAAUUCUACCACAAUUAUUUUGCCUCCCACGCAAAGAAAAGUGCUGAAUCUCAUCUGGAAGACAAGGAUAUUUACCUUCUUCUCUCAUGGGUGCACAACUUUUAUCCAAAAGAUAUGAGAAAAGAUCAUGCUUUAGCCAAGGAGUUGGAUAAAGUUAAGCUUGGAAGCCUUUUACCAUCAAGUCUGAGCAAAGAGCUUGAAAAGAAAUACCUUGACAGUGAAGAGGUUACUGUCAAAAAUUCUCUGAGCAAGUGUUUAGAUAAAGAAAUCCAAAGAUGGAAAGAAGACAAAGAACCAGAGAAGCUAAAUGGGCAUUUUCAGAGUGAACUCCUAGGAAUAUUUGUUAUCCAGAGCAUCUACAGUGGCCAGAAGCGAGCCCAGGACAUCAGCAGCGCUGUAGGGGAGGAGCUGUCUCAGCGCCUGUUGAAGGAGCUGCCUGCCUUCCUGAGGAGCUACAGGGAUGCUUUUGAAGACUUUAAGGAGAAAAGUAAGAAGCACACACACUACAAGCCUAUACUGAUUGCAAAUAUAAACAACUGCUGGAAUUUUAGAGAAUACACAGAGAAAAACAUAGCAGAAGAUGACGACAAUAGAGCCGAUAUCCUCAGCACUCUUAGUGAUAUUGAAAACAGCGCCUUUGACGUUCUGCUUCAACAACUGUUUGCCCAGCUGAAGCCAAUGUAUAAGAAGUUCACAGAAAAUAAGUGGGACUCCAGCAACGAAAUUAUGAACGAGAUCAUUAAAACCACCAGCAAACAUAUUUCAGAUUUCCGGACAUUAAGGGACCCUUUUUACCACGCUAUUGUUGAGAAGAUUCACACCCGUUUGGUUAAAGAGUACAUCGUGAGGCUCCUGAAGAGGAAAGUCAGCCUGAAAACUCCAGCACAGCAGCAAAAUCUAGCCCAGCAGAUCUCCAAGAAUGCUGCUGACUUGGAAGCCUUCUGCAUGAGCAAUGGAUCUCAAGCUACGUGGCUGAAUUCAGUGCUCCCCAAACUGGCUGAAAUAAUCCGACUUCAGGAUUUAGGUGCUAUUAAAAUUGAAGUUGCAACACUCGCCACAACAUACCCAGAUAUCCGCAAAAGGCACCUGGAAGCGUUCCUGCACAUCAAAGCCAAUUUGUCCCGCAGUGAACAAAAAAGCAUCCUGGGCUACCUGGCAGACAACAAAGCCUCCACGCCGCCCAGGGCCACACUCUUCUCUAACAUAAACGUGUCCUAGGCCAAGGCAACCCCUGGCACCACCUUGUGCUGGACUGUCAGGAGAGCCAGGGAUGGAGACUGUCCCCUGGAUCAAUGCACAGUGCACACUGCCACCCUUUCCUAUGGAAAGUGCUUUGUCUUAAUCUGGUGCUCAGCACCUGUAUGGGAAUUGUUCUUCCUGUGGACAUGGGCGGAGGGUGUGCCCACGAGAGAUGCAGUGCCCUCAAGGACUGUGGCUGCUCCUCACACCAGCCAUGGAUUCCCCCCAGAGUCUCCUUGGUGCCACCAUGUUCUCUGCCUGGACACUGCCCUGGUGCUCUGACCUCCAUCUACCUUUCAGGGUGCCAUGAAGGCCACGUUGCUGACUCCCCAACUAGCCUAGACCAAGAAGGCACCUCCUGAGUAGAUUUUUUUUGUCUUCUAAAGAAAUGGAGGGAAAAAAAACCUCAAGCCAAAAUUCAGAGAUGUUGGAAAAGUCCCAUGUGAGCAUGUGUGCACCCCAUUUGCCUUUCUCAAAGCCAUGCAGGGCAGCUGUGUUAGGCUAAAGGGAGAGG